UCAAGUGGAUAACUUCUAAUUUCAAUUCGAACACAAAUUGAGCAUAAUAAUGGGCUGCAAGGGUUGUGGAACAAAUUGCCAGUGCACAGCACAGAAAUGCGGAGGAGGAUGUUCCUGCAACAAGGAUUGCCAUUGCGUGUGCAAGAACGGACCAAAGGACCAAUGCUGCAGCAACAAAUAAAAUUGUCAGAAACUAAUUUACACCGAAAUAAAAUAUUCCAACAUUAUGAACAUUUAAA